ACCCCCUUGCUGCGGCUACGCGUCCCAGCCCUGCAGCAGCCAAACUACGUCUCCCGCCGCCCUGCGCGUCAGGGGCGUGUCUCUCCGCCUCGCCCGCCGCCCUCUCCCGGCGUGCGCUGGGUGCGCGGAGCCAGGGCCGGAGCCUGCCCGUGUGCGUGCCGGCCCGGGGGGCCCCGCCAGCUGCAGCCAUGCCCAUGAAGGGCCGCUUCCCCAUCCGCAGGACCCUGCAGUACCUGAGCCAGGGCGAGGUCGUCUUCAAGAGCUCGGUGAAGGUGCUGACUGUGAACUACAACAGCCACGGGGAGCUGAGCGAGGGGGCCAGGAAAUUUGUGUUUUUCAACAUCCCCCAGAUUCAGUACAAAAACCCCUGGGUGCAGAUCAUGAUGUUUCGGAACAUGACCCCUUCGCCAUUCCUAAGGUUCUACUUAGAUAGUGGUGAGCAAGUCUUGGUUGAUGUGGAAGAUAAAAGCAACAGAGAGAUAGUGGAGCACAUUAAAAAAAUCUUGGGUAAAAGCGAGGAAACAUUACAAAAAGAGGAGCAAGACAAAAAGAAGCUCUCUCAUCCUGCAACCUUUGGACCCAAAAAAUAUCAUUUGCGUGAAUGUAUGUGUGAAAUUGAAGGCCAGAUCCCCUGCCCUGGUCUAGUACCGCUGCCUAAAGAGAUGACAGGCAAAUUUAAAGGCACCAUGAAAGAAAAACCACAAUGAUUUAACAGAUUUGCCA